AUGGUGUACGAUUGGGCUGGGAAGCAGGAGAUUUGCUACCAGAUGUAUAUCCAGGAAAGAAAAUCCUUGGAGGAAAUAAUGGAAUACAUGAGGACAGCUUACAAGUUUGGCCCCAGUAAGCGUGCUUAUCAGACCCAAUUCAAACGAUGGGGGUUCCCCUCGAAACAAAAUCCCGCGCAUAAGAACGUCGAUCUAGUUGCCCGAGUCAAGGAAUUAUGGGAACGUAACACCAAUCAGCGUGACAUGCUUCGGAUCUUGAAUGAAGAGGGAUUCUCGAUCAAAGAAAGAGAGCUGAUGCGUGUGCGUGCAAAGAACCGCUGGCUGCUCCGCGUUCCCAAUGGCAUGAAAUCACAAUCGGCGGUUGGGUCGCAUAGCACACAGCCGGAUGACGAGGGGCUUCUUGCCCUGCAGCAGGAAGUCUACAAACAGGAGAUGUCAUAUGAAGGAGCGGAUUCCAUGUCUGUGGAGUCUGGACCUCCGCCGCCGCCGCCGCCGCCUCCUCCCCCCUGCAGCGGAGCAAUCCCCGUCAUCGGCGCUGUCACCAGAGGUGAUGGCGAAGCGAAGCGACGUCGUCGGACACGGGGAUGGGCUGGUUUGCCGGCUGAUCCGCCCGGACCCCCUCGAUUCCCGUCGGAAACGACGAUCGACGAGAGUAAGCACUAUCUCAACUUGGAUAAUGUGACAUAUCGUCAGUUACGGGAUCACUUCCAGAGAAUUUGCGAAGCGGCCGGGUUUAUCAAGAAGACCGUCGCAGGACCGGAUCGAUGGCAGGCUGCCAAGGACAAAUUGAUCCAAGAAUCUCCACAUUUACAACAAGUCUUUGGUGCCGAGCCCAAUCAGCGCGACGCGAAAGCACUGGCGCUGGAUGUCGUCUGUACCGAUGUGACGAAGCGGAUGAGAACCCUUGAGCGGCGGAUGACUCUGGCUGAAGCGAAAAACGCGUUAGGAGUGAACCCGGAAGAAAGUCGCCAGAUUCGAAAUGCCUUUUACGAUACCCUCAAGGCGGAUCAUUUCACCAGCAAAUUGGAGGCGGGCGAUGAUCAUUGGGCGGAGCUGAAAGGAAGAUGGAUACGGGGCUCCCCGCUGCUCCAGCGAAUAUUGGACGGAGAUAAAGGCACUGUAGAACAUACGACCAAGUUAAAGGCCUUGGAAGUUCUGUGUCGAGAUGUUAUGAAGCGGCUUCGGGAUGAUCAGACCAAGCGAGACCCGGCACGGAAGAGGUCCAACCCUCGGACUUCAUCACAGGCAACUCCGUCAUCCAGCAACCCGCCCAUUCCGCAUGGCAUGAUAGAUCAUGGGAUUAGCAACGGCAUCAGCACGCUUGCAUCCCAAGCUUUGGCCAGCGCUCCCAUCUCGGCCAGCGAGCUCGGGGAUAUGCAAAUUGACCCGUCCCUACUCCAAGCGGCCAACGAUCCUGCUUCGUAUGCAGCGGACGCAACAGCACCACACGAGGCAGGAAACGCCUUUGAGUACAUGGACCCUAUGCUUCACUCGACCAUGCUCAAUCCAGCCGUCUGGUUUCAGAGUAGCCCUCAGAGUCAGAUACAAGGGGUACCGCUAAAGCCCUGGAUCGAAAAGCUGGCCACCCGAUCUGUUGAGGAAUUGCGCCAGAUUAUCACGUCUCGCUACCCUUACUCGAUUCUGAGUAAGAUUGAGGGCUUGGAUAAAGAUGAGCAUGACCACGAAACGCUCUACCCCAUUGAUGAAGACCAUGAAAUGGAUGCCUAUUUGGCUCAUGUCCACGAGAAAAAAGCCGAAGCUGUAUUUAUUUUCACGGUGGGUCAAAUCUAA